UAGGAGGAUCGUAUCCGCUAGGAAAAUGGCAAGCGUUUGCAAGCUAAGUGUGUCAUUCCACCCGAAUGCUCGGGCGAAUUUUCGAUCUAGAGUGCACAGGGCGAGUGUUUUGCGUCCACUUUGCUGCAACACUGGCACUCCGAGCUCCCUGGAGAAUUCUCCUUCUCCUCCAAAGAAUCGGGAGACAAAGCUACUGAGCUCGUUAGAUUCGUACUUCAGCAAGCUCCAAAACAAGAGUAGCGCUGCGAAAGACGUUGCGGUGGAGAAUUCGGCAAGCUCCGGGGCUGUGAUCGAGGAUUCGAAGAAUACGUCCAGGGAUUUACAAGGACUCGACGCUCUCAAUGCCUACUUCGACAAAAUGCAAGUUCCAGCCACCAAAGACGUUCCGAAAGAAGUGCCCAAAGCUCCAGUAGAAGAAGAUGAGAAAGUUCUUAGUUUUCUACACGAGCUAGACAAAAGCUUUCAAAAGGACGACGCUAAAACUCUUCCUACGGACUUUGCUCCAAGAAAUGCUUCUACUUUCACGAAUGUGAUCAUAGGUGUAAAUGCCGCUGUCUUUCUCUUUGGUCUCGCGAGCCCCGUUCAAACUCCCGAGAUGGUCGAAGUUCCUCUCCCGUUUCUAGUCGGAGCUAAGAUCAACUCCCUCAUUGCGGAUGGACAGUGGUGGAGACUAGUCACUCCAAUGUUCUUGCACGAUGGUCUCAUCCAUAUCGGCCUCGGUGCCUGGGCUCUACUCUCCUUCGGUCCGGGAGUGGAGUCCGUCUAUGGUCCGGCCGGGUUUUGUAUGAUCUAUCUACUUGGAGGAAUUUUCGGGAACAUCACGAGUUAUUUCCUCACUCCAGCUCCAACAGUCGGUGGCACUGGUCCUCUUUACGCUCUAGUCGCUGCAUGGGCCGUCUACAUUGUCCAGAACCGCCAGAGUUUCGGCAAAGAGAUGCAAGCAGGGAUCACGAGUGACGUGAUACAAAAGAUCCUCGUUAUGAGCGCUCUACACUUGGCUUUGACGGAUGCGUUGCCUGCUGAUAACUGGACUCAUGUUGGUGCGGCAGCAGUAGGCACUUUGUUUGGUCUUUUGGCUACUCCAAAAGCCGGUCAAAUGAAUACCCGGCUAGAAGAUCUUGAUGACAACAUGGUAAUGUCUGGCGAAGCUCCGGAGUUCCAGCGCUUGACGCAGGCCUUCGCGCUUUGCAUGGGAGUGUUUUUUGUUCUUUAUAGCUUUGGAAGUCCUGCAGCAAGCGAGAUGCUACGAGUUCUCUCGCAGGAGAACGACACGGAUUUCCUGUAGUCGUAGCGCUUGGGCUUCUCAAAUGGUGACGCUCGAAACGAGAUAAGGUGGACAAGGAUGCAUUGGACAACUCGUCUCCCUCGAAGGAUGUUCGAAU